CAGGCCGGAUCUCCUCCUGCAGUCAUCAGGAGGCGGGGAAGGGCCAGGGGAGCCGGGCAUGUUCAAACAUAUCCAGGGAGACCAGCCUACUGUACCAACCUCAACGGAGUACAGUCAUUGUGCAUGCAUUAGAUUUAUACGCAGACUAUAGAGAAUUGUUGUCUUGGCUAUUAUUAAUGUCAUAUUCAAAUUUAUAUGUUUUCCUGAGGGACACUUGGCUCCGACACAGUAACAAAUGAGAUCUGUAUUUAAUGGAUUAAUUUCGAGGCGUAGGCUAUCACUGCUGAAGAUGACUGUCUAAGUUUAGGUUCAAUGUGGCCAUGUCUUUCCCGGCUAAAGUGAUCCGAGACGGGCUGCUGGAGAAGCGCAGCAGCGGGCUCCUCCAGCUGUGGAAGAAGAAGCGCUGCGUGCUCACAGAGGAAGGGCUGCGCCUGCACAACUGCAAAGGCGGCGGCUCCAAAGCGAAGGAGCUCCGCUUUGAGCGCAUGGCCACGGUGGACUGUGUGGAGUACAAGCGAGGGCUGGUGUACUUCACCGUGGUCAUGGCUACGGGAAAGGAGAUUGACUUUAGGUGUCCGCAGGACGGCACGGCGUGGAACGCGGAGAUUGCUCUGUCAUUGGUGCGCCAUAAGAACCUGCAGGCCGUACAAACAGGACGGAAUAGACACCUGUCCACAGCACACCUGGGCAGCACUGGGGAGGAUGAGGAGCUCUGACCUGGUAAAGCCUUUCAACUUCUUGGGAGUGAGCCAAUCAGGGUGGAGAAGGGUAGAGGACACCACAUCCUUCAGCUUGAUUCUGUGGUGCACAGCAUGAUGGGUUGUACAUCCAUCAGUGAAAAUGGAUUAAAGGGGAGAGAAGAAGUGUCACAAACACUCAUCUUGUCUUUCUACAUGAGCUUAUUCACGCUAGUCACACAAAGCCUAGGAAUCUUAUAUACUGUAGGUCAUCGUGGAGACUGCUGCUUAAAGGUCCCAUGGCAUGAACAUUUCACUUUAUGAGGUUUUUUAACAUUAAUAUGCGUUCCCCCAGCCUGCAU